UCGUAGCGUCUACCAAAAAAGUGUACUAAUUGUAUCGAGAAGAGGAAAUUUUGAAUUUCUAUGCAAUAAUUCAUUAAAAGUGUAUCUGGGACAAAUAAUUUGCAUCGUUAUAGUCUAUAACGUCAUUGUGUCCUUACCAACUCGUCUACUAACUCAAUUAAAAGCUUAAGACGUACGGCGUACAUGUGUUCUUAAUUGCAAAAAGUAGGAAAACAACAGUUACUUGUCACAUUUGACGCAUCACACCAGACAAAGAACAAACAUCAUGAGCUCCACUGAAGAAAACAGCCCGGCAACCACGCCGCAGGAGAACGAACCAACAGCUGAACAAGCCAAUGCCAGGGACUUGGAGAAAAUUGAAGAAGAGAAGCUUAAGUCGAAAUAUCCAAGUGGUGUUCGAGUGCCUGGCGGUCAUUCCGCCUUCCUUCAGAAGCGUCUUCAAAAGGGCCAAAAAUUUUUCGAUUCUGGCGAUUAUCAGAUGGCCAAGCAGAAGGGCGGCAGUGUUAAGCAGGUGUUUGCCAAUAAGGUGACCACCGGCGACGCUAUACCAACGCCCGAAACGGUGCCUGCUCGGAAGACCUCGAUUAUACAACCGUGCAACAAGUUCCAAACGACGAGCUAAGCUUUCAGAGAUCUAUUACCCACAAGCUCCCCUGAUGCCCCCCAAUGCUCUAUACCUAAUAUUGUAGUCUAUUACUAGGUUGGCUGAUCUAUGUGCACUAAGCCGUUGCGCUGGCGCCCGUUUUGCCGAGUUGUAAACAAUCUAUGCAAGUUUUGUUUGAUUUAUUCCCAAUUACUCCGCAUUUUCCUUAUUUUUUCUUUGCUCUAAUAAAAUAUUUAAUACCUACACCUAGCUUGCGCCAAUCUCAAGAACAUUGAAUGUAUUAUGGCAGCACGUAACCUUUCAAAAGUUCUAUUUAACAAUAUAUUAUCCUGAUUGUAUGUAGUUGUAAGUUAUUGAAAACGUAAUAAACUUAAGAUGUAACCAGUUCA